UGGCCACCCACAGACACUUGUAAGGAGGAGAGAAGUCGGCCUGGCACAGACACUCUGAAAUGAGGGAUUAGAGGCCGGGAUCUAAGGAGCAAGAGCUACAGCCAGAAGACGAAGGAGCAGGCCCCUGAAGACGCAUCUACUGAGAGGUCUGCCAUGGCCUCUCUUGGCCUCCAGCUUGUGGGCUACAUCCUGGGCCUGCUGGGGCUGUUGGGCACCCUGGUUGCCAUGCUGCUCCCCAGCUGGCGAACAAGCUCUUACGUCGGUGCCAGCAUCGUGACCGCAGUCGGCUUCUCCAAGGGCCUCUGGAUGGAGUGUGCCACACACAGCACAGGCAUCACCCAGUGUGACAUCUACAGCACCAUGCUGGGCCUGCCUGCUGACAUCCAGGCUGCCCAGGCCAUGAUGGUGACAUCCAGUGCAAUCUCCUCCUUGGCCUGCAUUGUCUCUGUGGUGGGCAUGAGAUGCACAGUCUUCUGCCAAGAGUCCCGAGCCAAAGACAGAGUCGCGGUGGUGGGCGGAGUCUUCUUCAUCCUUGGAGGCCUCCUGGGCUUCAUCCCUGUUGCCUGGAAUCUUCACGGGAUCUUGCGGGACUUCUACUCCCCACUGGUGCCUGACAGCAUGAAAUUUGAGAUCGGAGAGGCUCUUUACUUGGGCAUUAUUUCCUCCCUGUUCUCCCUGGUAGCUGGAAUCAUCCUCUGCUUUUCCUGCUCGCCCCAGGGAAAUCGGUCCAACUACUACGAUGCCUACCAGGCCCAGCCCCUGGCCACUAGGAGCUCUCCAAGGCCUGGUCAACCACCCAAAGGCAAGAGUGAGUUUAACUCCUACAGCCUGACAGGGUAUGUGUGAAGGACCAGGGGCCAGAACUCGGGGGUGGCUGGGUCUGUGAAAACCAGUAGACAGCCUCCCCCAGGGCCACAGGUGAGGGACGUUGCCACUGGAUCGUGUCAGAAGGUGCUGCUGAGGAUAGACUGACUUUGGCCACUGGAUCGAGCAAAGGCAGGAACGGGAGCUGGUGUGACAGCAUGCAGGCUGAACUGUCAAGAUGCUUGUCAAGCCAGACUUUCUGUCUCCUUCAUCUUGGCUCCCCAUCUCCCACCCUGAGUUCCCAACCCUCAACUCCACUCCCCUCCCCGCCGAGGCCAGGCCCCAGAGUCUCCCCUUUACCUUCUGCUUUACCUGGGAAUCCAUCCCCAAACCCACGAAUCACAUGCCACUGACUGACCCUCUCUGUGAUCAAAGACCCUUCCUCUUGCUGAGGUUGGCUCUUAGCUCAUUGCUGGGGGAUGGGGGUGGGUGGGAAGAAGUGGCGGCUUCCGUGGGCAUGGCGCUAACCUCCUUCUCAAGCUUCCCUGCAAAGAAACUGAUAGGCCAGUAAUGGGCCCUGGAGCCUCCUCCAUCCCACUCUUGUUAUGACUCCACAGUGUCUAGACUGGUUGGUGUAUGAACUGAAAUAAAGCCAUCCCACAGUACGGAGGGAACAGAGAGCAGCUGGGUGUAGAAUGAGAGGGAGAGGACAGCCUCGGAUAAGAAGCCGAGGACCAAAAAAAAAGAGCAGAAUCAUGGCCCAGGGCUCUAGCCCCCGGCUAGAGGAAAGCACAAGGAAAGAAACUGUGGUGGAACGCUCAAGGCGGCAGCAGACUCUGACUCUACUGAGGAACUCCCUCAGAAGCUCCAGCUCCAACGUUCACUGAAGCCCCUGCCUCCCUUUGACCUGGCUAACAACGAGGCUAAAGGGCCUACACAAUGGUUUCUUUAGGAACGGGAUACUGGUUUUUGUAGAGAUGGCCCUUGGCUGGGGGAUGACAGCAUGGGAGCAGCUGGGGACUCAGGAAGGCACCACUCCUUGAUGCUGCCCGAGAGAGAAUAAGAACUUGGGUAUCUAAGAAGCUGGGUGGACAUGUGUGGGAACCUCAGUGGGUAUUUCUAUUGGGCCAGAGAGGCAGCCCCCAGAGAGUCUUCAGGCCUAACGGAGAAUCAGCCCAAAGGCUGAGAUCAGGCCCCCGGGGUCUGCCCACAGAGCACUGCAGAGCCUCUGAAAGACCACGGCCCCAGAUGGGCCCCCUGUCAGCCACCUUCAUAUUCUCUCCACCAACCUUUACCAGAUAUGGUAGAGCUGCUAGAAGGCAUCCAAGGGCUCCAGCAUGGAAUAAUCACGCCCAAGGUGCAGUGGCCCUCAUCUGAGUGAUAGCUGAGCUGCUGCCUGGGAUUUCAGUUGAGAUGGAAGAGUCGAGAAUGAUACCCAGGCAGCCGGUUCCAGCUCCAAGGUCUAAAAAUGCCCCAUUUCCCCUGGGGGGCGGGUCGGGGUGGGAGUCAUGAACAAACCGAAAGCUUGAGCAUGACCAGCUUCUGACAAACUCCAGUACACCUCCCCAAACCUCAGUGCCAGCAGGAGGGGCCCAGUGACUGUCUGUGACAUGCCUUUCACAGUUCUACCUUCUUGCCUAUAUUUAAGCUCCUCCCCUAAGCGGGAAGGCCCUCUCCCCUUAGCCAAGUCUUCCUCAUGCUUGGAGAAGUUGCUCGGCACCACCUCCUUCACUGAGCCUCCUCUGACCACUCCGUCCCUAUCCUACCCCUCCGUCCUCCAACCCUCAGUGUAAAAAUCACUCUUUGAUGCUUAUCAUUCACAAUUUUUGAUGGAUACUUAUCUUUCCAUGUGCAUGUAACUGAUUUCACAAGUACAUUGUAAACUCUUGGAGGGUAGGGGCCAUAUCUUAGACUUGUCUAUAUUUCCCAGACUAUCUGUAAGAGUGUUGGGUACACAGUAGGCGAUCAAUAAACACUUGUUGAUUGAGUAA